AUGUACAGUGAGCUGCAGAAUACGACUUGCUUGCUGGCUCCUGACACCAUCUUUGGCCCCUACGAUGUCAAUGGAGAGCUUCAUCGUCACGAUGUGCGCGAGGAUGAGGAGGGCAUCAAUCUCUAUCUUGACCUGGGCCUGAUUGACGUUGAGACCUGCGAGCCUUUGCCCAAUGCUUGGAUUACUAUUUGGGCUUGCAAUGCCACCGGAACUUACUCUGGAUACACUGGAAUUGACCCGAACACCGUCUCAGUCCUGCCUGGAUGGAGCACAAGAGAAGAUGGCACUACAGAUGACGAGACCUUCCUGCGCGGGAUUUCUAAAACCAACGAUGCCGGCUUUGCUGAGUUCCUCACUGUCUUCCCCGGUUAUUAUGAUAGCCGAACCACCCACAUCCAUGUGGCAGUGCAGUCAAAUGUGGUCAGCGAUGACACCAGUUAUUCCAAUGCCUCGAUCCAGCACGUGGGUCAACUUUUCUUCCCGGGGGAAUUGAUCAAUUCAGUAUACCAGCUAGCACCUUACCACGCCCAUUUAUCGACAUUGAACAGAACCUUGAAUUCAGAAGACUCGGUUUAUAGCGUCGCCAAUGCUGAUCGUUACUCUGCUAUUAUCUCUACUGAGCUAGUGGGUGAGAUCUUAGCGGAUGGUUUGAUUGGGUACAUCACUAUUGGCGUUAACAAGAGUGCUUCUGCUAUUGCUACUGUUGGCACCCAGGUCAAUGUCCAAGGAUACAUCCCGACGGUUUCCCUUACCAGUGGAGCCCAGGCUGCUGCAAAUACUAAAGACCCUCCCGAGGGCUACCGUGCCAACGGCAUGAGGAAGCUCUAA